AUGGGUCUGCAAGAUGAUGAAGGAACCUAUUUGAUCUCUGAGUUGAUAGAGCAAACUGGCGAACAUGAAAACAGUGAGGAAGUUGAAGAUGAAGGAGUAGAGGAAAUAGAGCAGGAAAGUGUGGCAGAGUCUAACAAGGAGCUAGACAUGGCCCUCAUAUGCGACAAGAUCAAACUGGCCUCUGCAAGAAUGAUUGUCGAUGCAAUUUACAAAGAGGCGGCAACGACUGUUCAAGUUGCGCUAACAAAAGGCAAGUCGCCAUGGCUCGAUAAAGUGAGAACAACACUUGAUUUGAAUUCAGUUCUUGAUGUGCAAGGAUGGCUCGAAAAACUUACUGACUGCGUUCGAAAUCUCGAAAACCCUCUGCCUCCACAGACGUUGAAGUGGAACAGGUUUGUGGACUCAACCCUAAACGACGCGAGGCAGGUGAGGCUGGCCACCUUUGAAAUCUGGUCAGAAAUCAACGCCACACUUACGGACAAUCUGCAAGUGAAUGAAGGAUUGUUGGAUGAGUUAGUGAGGCACCACAUCAUCAACGAGCACAUCAAAUCAAGGCUGAGCACACUUCCCAACAGGAAGGCCAAGGUGAAGUACUUGCUGAACUACUUACUGGACAUGGGCUCUUCGGUGAUGUUCACAUUCGGAAACAUCCUCACAAGCAUUGGACAGAAGUCAUUGGGAAGGAUUGUCAUCAAGAGACUGAAUGACAACAAGAUACCCACCAACCUGCUCUGA